AUGGGGAUGUGGUUGAAUGAAUCAUCUCUAGACGGCUUUAUCCUCCUGGGCAUCUUCUCCCAGAGCCAGACUGACCUUGUCCUCUUCUCAGUGGUCAUGGUCGUCUUCUUAAUCGCCGUCUGUGGGAACGUCCUCCUUAUCUGUCUCAUCUACGCCGACUCUCGGCUCCACACCCCCAUGUACUUCUUUCUCAGCCAGCUCUCCUGCAUGGACCUCAUGCUGGUCUGUGACAUUGUGCCCAAGAUGGCCACCAACUUCCUGUCUGGCCAGAAGUCCAUCUCCUUCCUGGGUUGUGGCGUACAAAUUGGCUUUUUUGUCUCUCUGGUGGGAUCUGAAGGGCUCCUGCUGGGACUCAUGGCUUAUGACCGCUACGUAGCCAUUAGCCACCCACUCCACUACCCCGUCCUCAUGAGUCCCAAGGUCUGUCUCCAGAUCGCCGGGAGCUCCUGGGCCUUUGGCAUCCUGGAUGGUGUGAUCCAGAUGGUGGCAGCAAUGACCUUCCCCUACUGCAGAUCGAGGACAGUGGACCACUUCUUCUGUGAGGUGCCGGCUCUGCUGAAGUUGGCCUGUGCUGACACGUCUCUGUUUGACACUUUGCUCUUUGCCUGCUGUGUUUUCAUGCUUCUCCUGCCCUUCUCCAUCAUUGUGGCCUCCUACGCACGGAUCCUCGGGGCAGUGCUCCGUAUGCGCUCUGCCCAGGCCCGUAAGAAGGCUCUGGCCACCUGUUCCUCCCACCUCACAGCUGUCUCCCUCUUCUACGGGGCUGCCAUGUUCAUCUACCUGAGGCCUAGGCGCUACCGGGCCCCAAGCCAUGACAAGGUGGUCUCUCUCUUCUACACAGUCCUCACCCCUAUGCUCAACCCUCUCAUUUAUAGCCUGAGGAACCGGGAGGUGAUGGGGGCCCUGAGGAAGGGGCUAGAGCGUUGCAAGGUUGGCAGCCAGCAUUGA